AUUAUUAUUAUUAUUAAUUAUUUCCUUAGCUAUAUUUCUGUUUAUACGUUCUGAACCCACAAUAUAUUGCACAAAAGCACCAUACUUUUCCUACAAAAUCUUCAUCUUCUUCCAUGGACGCCGCUGCUCCAUGGGAUCAUCUUCAGGAUAAUACUACGGCAGCGAAGGCGGUGGCAAUGGAAGAUACGGCGAUGGCGAGCAAAUACCCUAAUCUGGCGCCACAGUUUGCAUCAAUGGUGAAGUCAAAUUACAGCAGAGCGCAGGCGGCGGCGUUGGACUGUCCGAGGUGCAAUUCUCCCAACACAAAAUUCUGCUACUACAACAACUACAGCCUCUCUCAGCCGCGCUACUUCUGCAAGACGUGUCGGCGGUACUGGACUCAAGGCGGCUCUCUCCGGAACGUCCCCGUCGGCGGCGCCUCCAGGAAGAAGAACAAGAACAAGAUCGAAAUCAAGCCUGCACCGCAAAAAAACCCUAAUUUCGUGUUCCACCAUUUAGGGCAUGACGAUAGGAAUUCCAGUCGCAUGGUGUCCCAUCGUUUAGGGAUUUUGAGCUCCUCUAAUUUCAUUUCAAUGGCUGCUGAUCAUCAUCCUCCUCCUCCUCCUCCUCCUCCAAGUAGUAGUGGUUUGGCUAAUUGUGGUUGUCCAGAUUACUACUUGUGCGAGGUGGAUGGGGCAACGAGGAGCAGUAGCAGCUAUGGCCAUGGCGGCUCUGUGGCGGAGAUGACGAUGACGAAUCUGUGGAGAAGGGAGCAGCAGCAGCUCGUCGUCUCCGACAUCUCAGCCACAGGUGAUGAGGAAAGAAUUGUUAAUGAUCAUGGUGAUAAUUCCAUUAAUUCAACUGAUGGCUGCUAUGCUUAUUGCAAUAUUGGAUCACGGAUGCGUCGUCAAGAAUCAUGUUUGCAGUGGAUGAUGAUGAUGAACAAGGACAGAUGAUAAUGAUGAUGAUCCUACCUAGCUAGCUAAGAGAUGAAAUGAUCGAUGAUUAAAUUAAAUUACGUGGCUGCUUCUGCAGAUCUGCACUGCAACAAUGGUGGAAGACGAUGAUGAUGGUGAAUCAAUUGAUAUCCAUGUUGGAUAUCUAUUGAAACUGAAAAACCGGGAAAGAUCUGACCAACUCUACUUGCUUCAGGACAUCGUUUUGGUCCCACAAAACAUUCAUUCAUUCUUCUGCUGCUGCUUCUUCUUCUUCUUCAGACAACAUGUGAUAUGACCUGACCUGACCUGACUGGCCUGGCCUGCAACCUCUCUCUCUCUCUCAUUAAUUGGAUCAUCAUCUUCCUCUUCUUCUUCUUGUUAGCUCCUCUGCAGUCUGCAAUCUGCAUCGCCAUCCAUUGUUAUUUUAGUUUGGUUGGUUGUACUGAAUUGAUAUUUCUAUAUAUUUAGUGUCAAUUA